AAAAACAAAAGUAAAAAAAAAAAAAAAAAAAGAGUAAGGCUGGUACAAGUGGGGGGAUCCUUGAAUCGUAUGAAGCUUGACCAAGACUCAAGAUUUCCGCAGUGUGCGAUUCUUUCGUUCGUGACCCAGGACCCAUUCUCCAAUGUCACUGGAAGUGCAUCUGACCGCUUCUCUGGCAAUACCUUGUCAGGCAUCACCACUUAGUUUCUUUUAUGUGAUUGAUAUCAGGGUCUCCUAGGACGUCGUCAGGAUAUUUUACCCUACUUCCUUUUCACCUCUUUUUCUCCUUUUUUACUCCAUUUAGACUUUCUUCUCAUACCUCGCAUAGACGGCUGGGACUUGGCACAUGGAUUGUGCAUGUACUCUGUACGGAGGGCAGGCUUGUAUACGAAUAGCCUCCGUUGAGGCGAUGAUCUUCGAAGAUCUCACACUGCCCCCUAUGCUUCGCCUUUCUUGUCAUGAAUGCCUAAAUCCAAUUCUAAUUUUGGUAGCAGGAACUAUAAUAUUAAUCACAUUCUACAAAUAUGAAUGUCGGCUAAUGAGACCCAUAAUCUUGGAAUGUAGAAUUCUCCCAGUCACCCACCCCUGCCGGCGAUCAAUGUGGAGUAAGUAAUGGAUGAAAGAGAGGUAGAGAGAGAGAGAGAGAGAGAGAGAGAGAGAGAUAGUGAGAAAAGUAAAGGGUGUUUAAACCUCGAACUCAAAUGAUCUGUUGGAACUUUGCAGCAAUUCUACUGCUCUGGUCUAUCUACGAUUAGCCUCUCCGCUCAGAUUGGAGGCGCGAUCAUCGCCCCCUAAUUGUUAUUUAUAAUGUGGUGGUUAAAUGAAUCCGUGAUGCUGGAUUUGCCAAGAUCAAUUUAUGUCAUGCCCAGAAUCUGUAGUUGGCAAUAGUCGCCAAUAUUCACCAUCGGGUUUCGAUUUGGGAUGGACUGGACUCUCGUAAUAGGAGGUUCUCAAAGAUAAUAGCAUCAUUCAUUUGGGAAACUGCAACUCUCAUUCACCACAGUAGUAUUAUCCAGCAGUCGAUAGCGUCAUGGUUGGGCGCUGGAUGGAGAUUGGCCAAACCCUCGGAUGGUUGUUGCACUUCCACUUGUCCUGGAGGUAACUUGAUGGGCUACGCAAGGGGCUCUAGAUUCGAGAAAUUCGUUGCGACUUCGAUUGCAGCUUCC